AUGGCGUCUGCUCAGUCCAGCGUGUUACAGGAGGAGCUGACGUGUCCCGUUUGCCUGGACUUGUACCGUGACCCGCACUUACUGCCUUGUGGACACAACUUCUGUAAGAACUGCCUAGAGCGGCUGAAGCGGCAGGCGGAGCGCGGUAGGUUCCGGUGCCCCGAGUGCCGCGACAGUCACCGCUGCUCUGGAUCCUUCCAGAAGAACUUCAAAUUAGCCAACAUCGCUGACGACUACAGGCACAGACGCAGACAGAGCGCGAGUGCCGGCGCGGUGAGGGCGCGGGAGGACGUCUGUGUGACCACUCUGCCCUCGAGAGCUGUGUGCACCACUGUGUCCUGCGACUACUGCCCCCAAGAGGCAGCAGAGGCCAAUGCCGUAGAGUGCAAGGGGGCAGAGGGAGCAGGUUGUUCCCUGGCUCUGGAGGAAGGAGAUGUGGGGAAGAGGUUUGCGGUGAAGACCUGUCUGAAAUGUGAAGUGUCGAUGUGUCAGGAGCACGUGAAGCCUCAUCUGGAGCUGCCUGCGUUCAGAGAGCACCCACUGGCAGAACCCAUGUGCGACUUCUGGAAGAGGAAGUGUCCAGAGCACGAUGAGGUCUACAGAUACUACUGCAUGGACGACAAAGUGUGUGUGUGUAACGCCUGCACCAUCGAAGGCGGACACUCUGGACACACCAUCAAAACACUCAAAAACACCAUGAAGGAUCUCAAGGUCAGUCUGGAUAAGCAGAUGUACAGAGUGGAGCGCAAGUUCAGCCUCGCGGAGAAGAAACUUCAGGAGCAGAAGGAGAAGGAGCGACAGAACAAAAGGUUCAUGGAGGACUCGGACCAGAGCCUGACCCGUCUGGGGGAGGAGCUAAAGGCCAAAGUGCUCCGUUUCAUUGGGCGUCUGAAGCAGAGCAGCCGGGCGCAGUGGGACACGAACGGCCCCACCAUCCAGAUAAACAUCUCCCGGAUCGGUCAGGACAAGGCCCGGCUUCAGGAGGUGCGCUGUGGCCUGGAGACCCUGCUGCAGGAGAACGACCCCUUCAGGUUCAUCCAGGCUUACAAGACGACAGGAAAACAGUGUCGUCGUCAGCUGCGUAAGGACCUGUUCUACCCGGAGUACGUGGACAUGGAGACGGAGGUGCUGGGCGUCAUGAUGGAGGACGAGAUGAGGAAGUUUCUGGACGAGGAGCUUCCCUGCCACAUCACCGCUGCCAUCAACUCCCUCUGUCACGUCUCGGACCUGGAGGAGGAAGAGGAGGAGGCCGAUGACGACGAUGACGACGCAGCGGAGGAGGAAGACGACGAUGACGAUGAUUUUCUGGACGACAGCAGCGAAGAGGAGCUGAGGAGCGAAGGAGACGAAGAGGAAGAGGAAGAGGACGGGCUGGACCACACCGACCUGGAAGACGGCGCCUACAGCCCGGAAGAGGAGGAAGAGGAGGAAGAGGAGGGAGAGGAAGGAGAGGAAGAGGAGCAGGAGAUGGAAGAGUGA